UGAAGAGCAAAGUAACAACAUCACAUCAGCCGUUUACUUUUUGAAAUUUAUAUUUCAAAAGAAUACACGUGUGGCCAUAUAUUUCUCACGCGUUUGGUUAUCUGCCUAAAUUCCACUCCGUUUUAAAACCAGUGGUUCCUUUAUACAGAGAGAAGCAAGCACUGGACAAAGGAAAGCGCGUGGUUUGACCGAAAUGCCGGGUUUACUCUGCUGGAAGAUGUGAAGUGAAAUAACAUUUCGUUUCCUUCGAAAUUCCAUGAGUUCACUUUGAAGUGAGAGAGUAAUGGAGACAAUGUUGCUUUGGAUGUAGUUUCGUCUACGCAUUUUGAAAUCUAGAAGCGGACAAUACAUUGUGCUGCUGCUGAAAGACUUCCGAUUUUUAACUUCGAAUUCUUCAUUUCAUAAUUUGUCUAUAAAAUUACCUUGCUGAAUUUCUCAUCUUCACCAGCCUUGUUUUGAAAACAAGGGCAUUUUUGUCAUUGAUUCAUCCGCAUUGAAUCAAGUGAAAGCUUGGUUUAAAACUUUUGAGUACUGCAUUCUGUGAAGUAAGUGAAACGGCAUUGACUUCUAACGUACAUCCUAGCUUCCUGGGGCUGGAACAAGUGACUUCAGAGUUAAUCGUCCAACUUUCAAUGUGUAUUUGCAGUCUUUAUGCACAACUUGCAAAGAGAGAACGAUCGAUUUUUGUAGAAGGCCAAGCACUUCUAUAAACUGAAGACAACCAUAGAAUUUCAAAGCGCGUGCACACAUCCAAAACAGCUGAAAAUGGACCCAGAAUAUGAAAGGAGACUUCUACGUCAACCUAAUGGACGGAGUCCUCUUGCUAAUUCUGUAAGUAUGAACGAGGCUUCAGUAUUAAACUUAUGUCCCUUGCUUAGAUGGUUUUAACAUCAGUAGGUUUGCUAAAGUUUCAACACAGUAGAUGUUGUACAUUUACAAGUAGGGUUUGGUAAAUUUUUAAGAGAACAUGUCUUGAUACAACAGAAAAUGUUGUGGAAUAGCAUUGUAAACAAGGUGAUAUGUUUUUACCACAUUAACAAUUACAGCAUGGGGAUAUUCCUGUAUUACUUAUUUUAUUGUAAUCUCUACUGAUAGAAAUAAAUUUCCCUGUAAAAGCAGAAUUUCCUCAUUUUUUUCAUUCAUUUUUCAUUCCCUCUUAUCCCUGCUUCUUCCAGUUGUUAUCACCUUGAAAAGUUCCUUCCUCAUUUAAGAGCAAAGGUUGAAUGAAAUAGUAAUUUAUUUGGGCUUCCUUCUGAUGUGAGAACCUGUUACGUUUAUUAGUGAUAUAGAACAACAAAAAGAGAGAACUCAAAAAGGUAGAACUGAAGAGAAAAAUAAAGGGUAUAAUGUCGAAACAAAAAAACUUGACUGAUUCUGCUCACACUCAGGGAAACCCACUGUCCAUUAUUUUGAGCUUAUGACAUAAGUAAGUACUUCCAUGUAAUUUUAGCAUAUUGGAGGAAUUACUUUGUCUGAUUAUCUUGCCAUUUUCUUUGCUUUGUUUUUACAGCCAUGUUCGAGUGGAAUAAGGCAUUUCAGUUCACCUUAUCUAAGCCCAUUUAGCUCUCCUAGCAGAGAAAAGUAUGGAGACAGGUAAAGAAAGUGUUGUGGAAUAGUCACUAUACUUUCAAUUCAUAUUUGAAACAUUUCUUUCAAACUUAAACAUUCACUAUGAAUGCAUUCUUUCUUUAAAAAGUUUUCAACUUGCUUUCCUUUUUCAAGGUUUAUACCAAGCCGCAGUAGUCCAGCUCUUGAGCUUAAUUUUGAUUUGAUACAAGUAAGUAUACUGUUGUUGCUUGGAUCUGUACAACCUCAUAUACAUGUACAUGUAAAAGGUAUAAUAACCUUUUCACUCUCAUGAGUGACCAAGACAAUUCUUCUAUUCAAUAUCAAUAUGAUAUCAAGCUGACAGGUGACAAGAAUUAAGAAAAAUAUCAACUGGGGGAUUGUGGGUUGAUUCAACACAAAAUUCUCAGAACUAACUUCAUAAGGAUUAUAUGGUAGACAGCAAGGAGAAUUACUAAUGUGUCUUGGGAGUGAGUUACCUUGUUUUAUAACUUGUAGCUAAGAAAAGCUCUUAGAAUCAUAAACAGUGCAAACUUUAUUCCCUUACUGGACUGAAGAUCCUUAUUGUAUGAAAUUGAGCUGUUUCAGUUUCUCUCUUAACCUUUAUUCUAUGAUCACUUGACAAAAUAGCUACAUGUAUUAAAAACUAAAUUAAGAUGAGUAUUGGUAAUAGUGUUGAAGAUUGUUCAUUUGUUCCAAAUCUUCUCAGGAAAAUAGUGAUCCAGCAAAGAACAGUGCAGUCACAAGGUAAGCUUUAUAUUCCAUGGGUAGUCAAUUUUUGCAGGAAUAUUCUGACUAUGGGAAGAAAAUUUGACUCAAGUUGAAAUUAUGCAGCUUUUGCUUACCUUGUUUUUAUCCUGGUGUUUUCAAACACAUUAAGUGAUACAUUAUACCUCUUGUUCAAUCAAAACUACAAAAAAAAAAUGAUCAAAAAUUUUCUCUCUUUCAGAGAUGCCAGUGUGGAUUCCAAAGGUAUGAAUUCUUUUAUAUAAUAUAUAUGUAAUACAAAUGAAUCCAUCAGACUCAGGCAAGUCUUUUGGUGUAUCCCAGUAAUGAACACUAUUUAAGAAGCAGUGAGGCCUUAUUUUCACUAUUUCAUAAGUAGUGUUUUUCACUGUGAAGAUGGCUUUCAUAUUCAUUUCUUAAUUCACAGUUCACAAAUUUGAUUUUUGCAUAUUCACAGUCAUUUAUUUAUCUCUUCAUGGAUUUAUCACAAACUAACAUAAUGACCAGCUCCCAGUUGACUUGUUAGCUCAUUUGGUACAGCAUUGCACUGGUAUCGCAGAGGUUAUGAGUUCAAAUCCUGUACAGGCCUGAAUUUUUUUCAGGCCUUAGUUUCAUUCCUGCUUGAGUAGUGUUUGUUGCUGCAAAGAUCAUUUUAUAUUCAUUUCUUAAUCUGUGGUCUACAUACAUGUAUAUGAUAUUCAUAUAAUUAUUCACAGUCACAUAUUCAAAUCUGUAUGUUUCAGAGGGAAUGGCUUAUCAAUGUCUGCUAAAGAAUGAACUUCUUGGGGCUGGAAUAGAAGACCUUAAGGUGACCUACAGGCAUUUGCAGUUUUUUACAGACUUAUGUUAUUUAUUUAUCUGAGUGUGUACACUUCACAAAAGAUUUCAGCUGUAUUUAAUAUGGGUUUCAAAAUUAUCCUCAGAGCAUAAUUUUGCCUCUUUUUGGUUCACAAUAAGUUGACCUCGAAAGUUAAUCAGGGAAGGAUAAUAAAUUAUAAAAUUAUUUUUUUAUAAGUGCCUUCUAUUUUCUGUGAAUUUUUCAGUUGCUACCAAGAAGAUUUUUCUAAAAACACUUGACAACUAUUUUUUAAACAUUUUGUUUCAGGAUGUACCACAAGAGGAAAGAAGAGCACUUUCCAGCAACAGUAAUCACAUACAUAGCAUAUUCCAGGUUUGAAAAUUCUCUUCGACACUUAAUACACAGUAAUAAAUCAUAUAUGGUACAUGAUUCAGACAAAUGUUUAUCUCCAGCAUGACUUUUUACAAUGGGAGGGUUCAGAACUAUUUCACCCCCUCCCCCUUCUUCCCCCACUCCAUCCCUCCUCCUACCUCCCAUCCCCACCCCCUCCCCCAUCCUCCACUAUAGACAGCAGGGUUUGGAUGCUGCUCAGUUUUAGGGUAAUUUACACAAGCGGGAUACUUUAACAAAGAGGACAUAUCUGUGUAGAACUCUGUUUAUAAAUUUCUUAUCCUCCCACAUUGACUUUGUCAGUUUUCUUUUCUCUAUAGUACCAAGUGAAAAGAAGUAAACAAGAUGAUACAGAAUCAGUAGCUUCCUACUCCCUGUCACCUGUAGGCAAGAAAAGGUAACUUACAAACUUGCCUAUCUUUAACUUUUUAACUCCCAUGAGUGACCAAGACAGAAUUUCUCCUUACAAUAUCAAUACAAUAUCAGGCAGACAAGUGAUGAGAUUAUAAAGAAAAAUAUCAAUUAGGGGAUUGUAAGUUGAUCAAAUACCAAAUUCUCAAAAUUAACAUUACAAGAACUGUAUGGCAGACAGUAAGGAGGAUUACUAAUGAGAUCUUGGGAGUUAAAGGGUUAAAUAUAUACUUUUUAUGUACUUAACAAUUAUAAAUACAUAUGAAAAGUAGUACAAGCCCUGAGCCUGUGCUUGUUUGCAUAGUCAGAGCAAAAAUCUCUCUAAACCAGAGGGUGCCAGAGUUUUUUAUCAAUGGCUGUGUCAGAAGGAAACUUUCUGGAAAGUCUAACAUUUUGUAUUGUUGAAGUUAUGAAUUGCAAUUAACAUGUAUAACCAAAAUGCACCUUUUUGUUUUCUUCUUUCAGUCAAAGACUGUUAAGAUCACCAAGAAAGGUCAGUUACAAACAUCUUUUCUUAGAAGCUCAUUCAAAUUGUACAUGUUUAUGUAGCUGUUUACAUAAUGAUUCUGUCAAUAUUUGUUUUUUUUUUCUUGUAAAUUGAUCCUUUGUAGCCUAAAAGUGACUAGCAUUGGACUUCUUAGGACUUAUAAUAUCACCCCUGAAUCACACAUUAAGGUCUUUAGAGUAAGGGAAAUGAUUACCAAUUAUCAACAACUAAAGAAGCCCUUGACUGUUUAACAAAUUCUCCUCAUCAGCACCAUGAGAAAUGCAUAGAGAACAGAAGGGAGAAUAUGUAUACUGAUGUUGGGGCAUUAAGGGUUAAAUCAGCAAAGUUUGCUGGGGAACAAUUCUCAAUACGAAUGCACAAUGAAAGUUUGUAUUCUUUUGUUCUUCUAGUCUACAAGAAAAAUUUCCAAGAUACCAUUUAAAGUUUUAGAUGCUCCAGAACUACAGGUUGGUUUAAUCUAUGUCUGACAGUGAGAGCAGUGCUACUUUUAAUUUUUAUUUUAUAUUUUAGCAAAACUUACAAGAGAUGAAAAAAAAUCACAUUCUUGGCAAUGAACUGUGAUGGAUUUUUAUCUUUCAUACUUUGAAAGUGGCCAUGUCUUUUAGUGUACAUGCAUUUAGUGUUUUCUUUCUUCCUUUUUUUUUUUCUGUGAGCUGCUUGUUAAAAAAAUAUUCUUUUGAGGAUCAGGAAAAAAACUGCUGCAUCUAUUUCUUUUUGGCUGGAUUGUAAAUUUAAGUUGGUCCUUUUAAGAGGAAAAGUAAGCAGUGGUAACUCAUUUGAUUAUUAACAACCAUAAAAGAGCAGUGUAUAUGUGUUUUUUCUUCAGUACUUUCUUUCUUUCUUUCUCUCUUUUUUUCUCUUUCAUUUUGCAUGUUUUUUUUUUCCUUAGGAUGACUUUUAUCUCAAUCUUGUGGACUGGUCAGGACAAAAUAUUUUAAGUGUUGGAUUAGGAACCUGUGUUUAUCUUUGGAGUGCCUGCACCAGUCAGGUAUGACAGUUUCUUUCUAAGGAUGUUUCUGAAGGCCAAAUUUUUUGUGUGCGUAGUUUUAUGCUUUAUAUGCUCCAUUCAGUUUGCAAAAAAACACCAGGAAACCAGAAACAGCAUGGCUGCAAUACUGCCAAGGUCAAAAUUUUGAAAAACUGUCACUUGACUACCAAUUAGAAUGACUUUGAUGAGACAAAGUGAUAUCUUGCUGAACAAAAUUAUUUUCUGUAAUUUCUCCACAGGUUACCAAACUCUGUGAUCUUGCAUCUGAUGGGGACUCUGUGACAUCUGUGUCUUGGUCAGAAAGGGUAAAGUGUAAAGUCAACUUUGAUUUUUAUCAAAUCACGUUGUAUGUUGUGCUACCAAUUUUCAACCUCUGGGUUUUUUUUUUCUUUGUGCAUAGUAACUAUCAAUGUUAAAAAGAAAAUCAAGGAAGAUGGAAUAAAGAAUCUUGAUGCCAGACUUAUUCAACCAAAACUUAAAAAUUUAUACAUGACUAGUGGUGAUUUUGUUUGUUUAAUAUGAGCUUGUUUGUUUAUUUGCAGAGUGGUCUGGUGGCUGUUGGGACACACAAGGGUCUUGUUCAAAUCUGGGAUGCAGGUGCACAAAAGAGAGUGUCUACUAUUGAAGGACAUACUGCUCGAGUUGGUAAGCAGGCCAAUUUUACAGUUGGCACUAUUUUUAUUGCUUGAAACAGUACUAGUUUUCUUUUGUGUAGUUAGGUCAAAAAAGAUCUCUUGCAUGCUGCUCAAAACCAAUUGAGGCAAAUGAGGAUAUCACUGUACAGCAGGAAUAUUCUUAGUCUUCGCAGAUGAAUGCUUUGAAGUGUUGCAAACAAAUUGUGACUAGUAAACUAAGAAUUUAGAGAUUUAACCUUUCAACUCCCAUGAGUGACCAAUACAGAAUUCCUCCUUACAAUAUUGAAAUAAUAUUAAGCAGACAAAUGAUGAGAAUGCAGAAAAAUGUCAAAUAGCAGAUUAUUAGUUGAUUCUAUACCAAAUUCUCAGAACUAACAUCAUAAAAAUGUUAUAGCUGAAAGUGGAGCGAAUUACUAAUGGAAUGUUGUUGCAAAGCAGUUAAAUUAUGACCAUUGUGAUCCAUAAUUUUUUCAUAAGAUUAAUACAAGUGAAGCAGUGGAAAAGAUUAAAAUUUGUCAAGUUUUUCCUACUUCUGUUGAUGUAAUGUACUAAUUGCUGAAUACAUAGUUUCAUACUAGACAAUGUUUCCUAUCAAAUGUUGUACCAUAUCUUAGGUGCUCUGGCAUGGAAUGGUGAUGUGCUCUCAUCAGGGAGUAGGGACAGGCUGAUUCUACAGCGUGAUGCUAGAACACCCAAUGCUGUGGAGAGAAGAUUGAUUGGACACAGGCAAGAGGUGGGUCCCUCCCCCUUCCCCCCCCCCCCCCCCCCCCCCCCCAAAAAAAAAAACAAGCCUCCCUCCCCCUUCCCCCCAAACAAAAAAAAACCAGACAAACUUUUGUCAUAUUCCAUUUAAUUUCUGCAGCAAUACUCUGUCUUUGAUGGUAAUUAUUGAAGUUAACCCUGUAAGUCCCACUAGUGACCUAGACAGAAUUUCUCCUUACUUUUUCAGUACAGUAUCAAGCAGACAAGUAAUGAGAAUAAAGAAAAAUAUCAAUUAGGGAAUUAUUGGUUGAUCCAAUUCCAAAUUCCCAAACUAACAUCAUAUGAAUUGUAUAGCAGACAAUAAGGAGAAUUACUAAUGAGAUCUUGGGAGUUAAAGGGUUAAGUUAUGUGAGGAGAAGCCUUAUAUCUACUCAGGAUUACUUUCUACAAGAGUGCAAGGAAAGCUUUCAAGAAGGCUCAAACUUUGAAAUGACCUGUAAGGGAAUCCUCUGGGCUCUGUAGAAGCUGCUCUCUUGUACAUGAGUACUGACAUGUCUGUCUUUUCUUAGACUAAAGUGACUUUCUCUGUUUCUAAUUGCACAACCUGCUGUCUAUAGGUUUGCGGGCUGAAGUGGUCCCCAGAUCAUCAGCAUUUAGCAUCGGGAGGAAAUGACAACAAGCUCUUGGUUUGGAGCAUGUCCAGUCUGUCACCUGAGCAACAGUACAGUGAACACUCAGCGGCAGUCAAAGCCAUUGCGUGGUCUCCACAUCAGGUGUGUACAGUAUUCAGUGGUGUACUAUACAAUUUGAUGGUACCGAAAUCUCUACAAGAGUCAUACAUUUUGGACAGUAGUGUCCAAUUUUGGACAUAAAUGUCCAAUUUUGGUCUGUUACUAGACACCAGUGUCCAAUAUUUGGCACUAAUAUCCGAUUUUGGACUCUAGUGUCUGAUAUUGAACACUAGAGUCCAAUUUUAGACACUAAUAUCUGAUUUUAGACGCUAGAAGAAUCCUGACUCGAAGUGCCUGACUUUAUAUUGUAGCACGGUUUGUUGUCCUCUGGAGGUGGUACAGCUGACAGGUGCAUAAGGUUUUGGAAUACAUUAACAGGACAGCCGCUACAGUGUGUUGACACUGGCUCGCAGGUAUGUAGAAUCGUCCCUUAAAACUGCGGAUCGAAAUCCUCGAAAAUUUCUCGGUACUUCUCGAAAGUUAAGCUUCGAAACUCGAUUCUCGUUUCACGAUAGUUUCGAGUCGAAACUGUCAUCUUACAGCUACUGCUCUGUGGGGUGUUGGGGGGGGGGGACGUAAAUGGGUCCCCCCCCCCCCUUUUACAGCCUGGAACAGGGUGUGAGCUUCACCUCACAAUAACAAAUUUUUCCAUGAUCUGUACACCUUACAUUCAGCGCAACUUUUUAACUUUGUUUUCUGCCUUGUUUUAGGUGUGCAACUUAGCGUGGUCCAAGCAUUCAAAUGAACUAGUGAGUGUUUUCUUAUCUUUAAAGCCAUAAUUUCGCACACUAGGCCGGUAUUUAUUGUAUUUAUUCAGUGCGCCCGUUUCAGCGGAAAUUCUCAUCACUGAUUGUUGUUUUGUAGGUCAGUACACAUGGUUACUCACAAAAUCAGAUCUUGGUCUGGAAAUACCCAUCAUUAACUCAAGUAGCUAAGCUAACGGGUCACUCCUACAGGGUUCUUUACUUGGUAAGCACAUAAUCUCAUGUGUUCAUUUCCUCUUCUUUGUGUGACAUAGAAAGCUACGAGGACUAUAGAUUUCGCACGUGUUAUCUUUAGUCACGUUAUACGGCUUCUUUGGAAGGCAAUGAAAGUUGCGAGAUCAAGCUUUAGCACGCGUUGUCCUUAGUCAUGAAGUACUUCUCCGUUGCGUGGUAAUCAGUUGAGAGAAUGUCUUUAAUACGCUAUAUCUUAAGUCACGCAAUACAAAGCCAUUUACUCACUGACAAGAGUUAACACGUUAAUCUUAGGCCGUAUCACCGGAUGGUGAGGCUAUCGUGACAGGAGCAGGAGAUGAAACUCUUCGAUUUUGGAACGUCUUCAAUAAAGCCCGCUCGCAUAAGGUAUGGCUAAUUUUCAUUUUGUCUUUGGUCGAGUGAUUUAUACCUUGGUAUGCUUUAUAAUUUGUCAAGAUCUCGUCAUCCGUACGUCCACGCGUUUCUUCAGAUCAAGCAUGUUGAAGGGAGUAACUUGUCUAUAGAAGUAAUUCUGAUGUGUUCGCUUAGGGGACCUCUCACCGACGUCUGUUUGACCACAGGUGGCCCAAGCUCCAGCUGUGAGAUGAUCAUCCAAGAGCAUUUAUUCCUAAAUAUUCCCAUACAAACUUUUAUUAUUUCGCAAGAUGAUCAUCUCACAGCUGGAGCUUGGGCCGCCUGUAGUUUAACCUGACAGCAGACUCUCGUGUUUGGGUUUUAUCUUGUAUCCCCCUCUCUGUGCAUAUCUCUCUUUCCCCCCCCCUCCCUGUGGGGAACUGUUGAACUGUCAGCUACGUCUUACAAAAUUAGGAAGGGGUGGGUGGGGGUGGGGCUGACUUGUAAUAAGUUUAGCGGAGUACAGACAUAAUCCUAUUUGGUUCAUGACAGCGAAACCGGGAGAGGCUCCAGAAGACAAAUAUAAAAAAAACCGCGCCCUGCAGUCUGGAAAAAAUCUGUUUUCUUAUUUGUCUUCAGCUAAUAGUUUUGUUUUUGGAUACAGCAAGAUUUUCCUUUCUUACAUGGCAGUUAGUAAUUAUUAAGUCAAUUUCAAUUGUUUUCUUCAGGAAUCCAAGUCAGAGCUCAAUCUGUUCUCCAGAAUAAGAUGAUGUUUGCCCUAAGAGUUGGAUCUUUAAUGUAACAGUUAUUGCGUUUGUACCAGGAUACAAUAAUAUGAUUAUCACUUAAGCACGAGUACUCCGUAUUUUUGUGGAGGUAGUUGUCUUCGUUUAAGACGAAGCUUUCUCUCUAAGCGUUACCUCCAACUUUUUCUCUCUUUUUUGUAAAUUUUUCUAUCAAAAUGUAUGUAAAUCAGUUGUCCGAUGUUGUAAACUUGGGCUAAAAUGCGAUGGAUUGCAUUUUGGACUGUAUUAGGGGUAUUUCAUUUUAUUGAAAAUAUAUAUCUAUACUUGACAAAAGCUGACAACAAUUCGUUUGAAACCUGUAAAUCAGCCACGUAAAUUGGCGACACGAUUAUAGCUGGUUGCUGACAACUACUGCUGACGUUUGAUGUAUUUUGCUCUCGAAAGCUAACCACAACUUUCUCUCGUCACGCAAUGUUUUGUCAUUUGUUGAUGAGAAUUUUGCGAUGACCCAGUCACGCCGGCAAGUCCAGGAGUACCUUGUGAGACGAAGAAUGAUUAGGUGAAAUAAUUUUAGAAAAACAAUUUUUUUAAGGACAUUUUACAGAAAGGGUGUAAAAAGGAGUUAGAUUGCGUGGUUAGAUGAAGUGGAAAUCUGCAAUGAUAUAUGACCAGAAAUGGUGAAAAGGAAUAAACGAGA